AUGUCAUCCGGAGUUGCUGGUUGUACUCAAAUCGCUUCAAAGAGUGUAGAGGGUCGCAUGGAGGCUCAAGUACAGCUCAUGAAGAGUCAAAUUGACUUCCUACAUGAUGCUUUGGCCGAGGUUAAGGAGGCAAACCGAGACUUGUCUCAAUUGCUUUCAAAUCAGCAAGAUAAAGCUAUGAGCAUAGGGAAUUUGUUUGUGUUGCUUAACAUAGAGAAAGAGAGUGAGAAAAUAGGCUUAGCUAUAGGUUGUUUUCGUUCUAAUGCUUUGAAUUGGUGGAAGCUAGUUUCAAAUAUCUAUUCGCAUUAUUGGUAUCGUAAUUUGGAUGAUUGGCAUGAUUUGAGAAGUGCUUUGCGAGAAAGAUAUGCUGGUACUAACACCUUUGAUGAAGCAAAAGUGAAGUUGUUCAAUUGUAAGCAGAAUGGUAUAGAGGUUGAUGAUUCGAGGACGAAUCCUCUUAAAGAAAGAGGGGAUGAUGAGAAUCAUUUAGCCUUCCAUGGAGAUUCUCCUAGUAAGGGGAAUGAGCUAGUCCUUCAUUCUAGAUUUGGAAUGCCAAGUUUACUUUGCAGGCCCAUCAAAGAAGAAAGGAUGGAUUUUGACCACCUAUGUGAUAGGGAGUUGGUUCAAGAGAGCUAUGAUCAAGGUGAUGAGAAUGUCAUUGACUUUGGGGUGCAAACCAAAGGAGAUGAAGACCUCAUGGAAAUAAGUGCUGAAGAGUAUCAAGUGUUCAAGAUUGAGUCCAUUGCUACACAAUUGGAUAGAGAAUAUGAUACUUUGGAAAAGAGCAUAGGGAAUUUGUUUGUGUUGCUUAACAUAGAGAAAGAGAGUGAGAAAAUAGGCUUAGCUAUAGGUUGUUUUCGUUCUAAUGCUUUGAAUUGGUGGAAGCUAGUUUCAAAUAUCUAUUCGCAUUAUUGGUAUCGUAAUUUGGAUGAUUGGCAUGAUUUGAGAAGUGCUUUGCGAGAAAGAUAUGCUGGUACUAACACCUUUGAUGAAGCAAAAGUGAAGUUGUUCAAUUGUAAGCAGAAUGGUAGAUCCAUUCAAUCUUACUUUGAGGAAUUAGAAGGGUUGUUUCUGAGUUCAGAAGUGGAUGAGAACGACUACAUGUCGACAGACCGUUUCCACUAUGCUUGGACAAGUGUUUCAAACAACAUCCAAAGGCCAAUCAAGGAAGAAAGGAUGGAUUUUGACCACCUAUGUGAUAGGGAGUUGGUUCAAGAGAGCUAUGAUCAAGGUGAUGAGAAUGUCAUUGACUUUGGGGUGCAAACCAAAGGAGAUGAAGACCUCAUGGAAAUAAGUGCUGAAGAGUAUCAAGUGUUCAAGAUUGAGUCCAUUGCUACACAAUUGGAUAGGUUGCAAACUAUCUUAAUUGUUUCAAGUGUUUUUCCAAUCUUUUGGAGUCAAUAA